AGUGAUUCCAUGAAGUUAUAUUCCAUAUUAUUAAUUUUUUUAAAUUUUUUAGGUAGUGUAUGAAUUUCAUGUUAUGGCGGAAUUAUCAGAAGAAGAUGUAAUUACAGGACCUUCAGAAUUAGAUAGAACAUUUGUUUUUGAAGAUGAAGGACAUACACUGGGUUCUCUAUUAACGUAUGUUUUAGAAAGUUUUCCUGAAACAGAUUUUUGUGCUUAUUCCAUAAGGCAUCCGUCAGAAAAUAAAAUUUAUUUACGGUUAAAAGUAAAAAAUGGCCAUUCCGUAGAAGAUAUUUUCAAACGCGGUUUUCAAGAGCUCAAUCAAAUCUUAAAUCACGUUAAAAAAACAUUUAAUAAAGCAAUUUCAGCUUAUGAAGAAACUAAAGCAACUGAAUAAGACUCAAGUUUUAUUUUAAAACCAUGUGAAUAAAAAUUAUAAAUAAUUGUACUUUACUAAUAAAAAAAAAAUACAAUAGAAA